UUGCUUCAUUUCAAACCUUCACGUGUAAAUUUUGUCACACGAGCAAUAUUUAUAGCUCCUCUUUUUUGCAUUUUUAACCUCGUAAAUAAUCACACAUAUGAUUCAUUCGUUAACAGAAGGAUUUGAAAGGGACGUCGAUACUACUGAGACGGAAAAAAACGCCAAACCUCAGACACCCGAGUCAAAGUCCACCCUUACAAUACGCUGAUAUCAACGGAAAACAUCGCGUAGUUUCGCCGACUAAUCAAAUCCCUACAAAAAUCGUUGACCUUUUGGAUUUGUCAAGUAUAAAACCUGGCGUUUGCUGGAUUACUCAUUAGGGAUUUCACGUAGUCGCAUAACACAUCGAAGACAUGAUGUCUCCGGACGGUGGUGUCGUUGUUCGUUUCGGCGCCGUAGAUUACUCUGUAUUCGCAAUCAUGCUUUUGAUUUCAACGGGGAUCGGAAUUUACCAUGCGCUAACUGGAGGAAAGCAAAAGACCACGGCUGAAUUCUUACUGGCUAACAGGAAAAUGAUGUUUCUCCCGGUUGCAUUGUCGCUACUCGCGUCGUUCAUGUCGGCUAUUACUAUCCUUGGUGUACCUUCGGAGAUGUACACUUUCGGCACUCAGUACUGGAUGAUUAUUUCGUCGUAUGUGAUACUUUUCCCCGCCGUAGCGUUGGUGUUUGUCCCUGUUUUCCGUGCUGUUCAUAUAACAAGCUCUUAUGAGUACUUGGAAAAGCGGUUUUCCUUGGUAAUACGCUCUAUUGGCAGUGCUCUUUUUAUAAUACAGACAUGUUUAUAUAUGGCAAUUGUAACCUAUGGUCCUUCACUCGCUCUAGAAGCAGUCACAGGAUUUCCUAUCUGGGUGUCCAUUGUUGCUCUUGGUGUUGUCUGCACUUUUUAUACAACUAUUGGUGGAAUGAAGGCUGUUAUUUGGAAUGAUGUCCUUCAAGCUAUUAUUAUGCUAGUUGGUCUUGUAGCUGUUGUUGUUGUGGGAAGUCAGAAAGUUGGAGGGUUCACAGAAGUCUGGAAGACGAUGGAGAAGGGAGCCAGACUUAAAUUUAUUGACUUUAAUCCAGAUCCCACUCAGAGGCUGUCCAUUUGGAGCUUGAUGAUUGGCGGAGCUUUUGGGCUGUUCCCUUUAUGGGCUGUCAAUCAAACAGCAGUACAAAGGUUUCUCUCUGCAAAAUCCGACAAGGAAGCAAAAAGGUCUGUAUGGAUUAACCUUCCCUUGAGUAUUCUGGCGGUGUCGCUGUGUGCUAUGUGUGGCUGUGUGAUCUACGCAUUCUACCACAAUUGUGAUCCAAAGUCACUUAAAGUAAUUUCUAGUGGUGACCAGAUCCUACCGUACUUUGUAAUGCACGUACUUGGAGAACUUUAUGGGAUUCCUGGACUCUUCCUGGCAUGUCUUUUUAGUGGUACUCUCAGCACGGUGUCGUCCGGUCUCAAUUCUCUCGCUGCCGUUGUUCUUGAAGACAUCAUUCGACCCUUCAAUAAGAUAUACAACCGCACCAUGACGGAAAGCACGGCUACCAAGUACACCAAAAUACUAGCGCUGUUUUUCGGCGUGCUGACUGUCGGCCUCUCCUUCCUCGCGAUGAAGAUGGGAGCCAUCCUUACGACGUUCUACCGGGUGUUUGGCGUGGUCGGUGGCCCUGUGGUAGGGAUAUUCUGUCUGGGGAUGCUUACAAGGAAAGCUAAUACUAGAGGUGCCCUGGUGGGGCUUAUGCUCGGCUUCGCCUUUGGUCUGUGGAUCGGCAUCGGUGCCCAAGUGUACCCACCACCUCUUAGUCUACCGCCCGUCUCCACAUCUGGAUGUGAAUCAGGCUUAAACACGACGGCACCCGUAACCAACGUGACCACUCCUCCACCACAGCCACCCCACAGCUAUGAAGGCCUAACUUUGUACAGGCUGUCGUUCCUGUGGUACAGCGGUGCCUGUUUUGGCGUGACUUUCGUGUUCGGACUAUUAGUCAGCUAUCUUUUCCCAGGUGACCAUAAGUGCGAUGACGUGGAUCCUCGCCUUCUUUUCAAUUACCGGAAGUGUUUCUCUUCAUCAGAAGACGAGAUAGAACUUUAUCAGGUUGAAGGACGCGAGGAGGUCCAGCAGGAAAACGAGGGGACUGGGCUUGAGGCCCACAGGGAGACCGUCUCGUCUGCUGCUCUCCUUAACGUUUCCUCGCUGUGAUGAUACGAAAGCGGGCGAUCUUUCCUGAAUGCAGUUGUGAGAGGAAGGGAAUGCGACCUCUAUAUGAUAGUAUGAAGUGUGAGGAACGGGAACUCCACAUGCUAGUAUGAAGUGUGAAUAUGUUUUAUUGGAUGUAUUUGAGAGGUGGCUGUAAUACUAUGAGUGAAAUGAACGUCCUAUCACUAUGAGUGAAUUGAACGUCCCUAAAGAGAAUACAAGUUUUAAUGAUGGUUCCAGGAGAAAAGAGGAAUAGGGCACAACCUGUCUACAAUAUGGUGAUUUAGAUCCACUCGCGCACGUUCGAUUGCGCGCGCACGCUUUUCAAGUUGGCGUCGCGUCCAUCGUCCUGUUCAGGACGGCAUUUCAUGCAUUCAUUAGGGUGAUUUAGAUCCACGACGCCGGCAAGAGGACGCCGCCUCGCGCACAUUCUAUUGCGCGCGCACGCUAAUUUUUGCCGACGACCCGUCCUGAAGAGGACGUAAAAAAAGCAUGAUGGGACGCCGGCAAAAAUCAGCGUGCGCGGGCAAUAGAACAUGCGCGAGGCGGCGUCCUCUUGACGACGUCGUGGAUCUAAAUCACCCUAUUAUAUAUACGAUCUCGGGCGUCUUGAGGUCACUAAGAGUUGUAACAUCACAGUAAAGGGGGCUGGCUCUUGCAAAGCCGAUCUUGCCUGACGGCUAACUACAGGGCUCCCGAACAGAAGAUCAGGGACAAGGCUGAUGUUUGGGACAGAAUGUGUUCAACGGGCUGCCAUGACCUCAUCACUGCCAAUUCUUAGCUUGUGACAGAGAAAAAUAAUUGGUAAACUGCAGAAGGAACGGGAAUACCGUUUUCCUCGACUGUCAAAAAGUUUCCUAGAAAAAGACAGGAAGGACUGACUUGUGCAUACGUAGACGAAACAUUCAACUCAGAUAUUUGUGACUAAUAUAGUUCUUUCUUUGAACCAUUCUGCUGCACUAGCUCGUUAUUUAUUUGAUUUGUCAGCGUUAUUUAUUUUCAAAUUUUCUGUAUUAGUUUUACAAUUUGUAUAUCGGUUAUUUCAUUUAAAUAAAGCCUUUAUGCCAUA